AGAUUUUGCUUGCCCCAGGUAUUAUUACUUCUUGGGUGUGGAGCCGCCGCCGGCGUCCAAUCCAUCCCGAAAGCUUGUUUCCUCUUAUAUAACAUUGAAGGCGACAGCCGGCUCACCUGGGCAGGUCCUGAACAAUUGGUGUCUGGGUCACGAGUAGCAACUUCUAACUGAGCCUUUGGCAAGCAGUUUGAGUGUGGUCAUGGCUCUCAAGACUGCACUUUGGGCUUGGAGCCUGCUCCUCAGCUCGGCCCGGGCCAUCACUACCGAGGGGAUGCUUGCUGCCCCGCGGCGAAGCACUGCAAAUGUCAACCCUGACGGGACAACAGCCCUUUUCACAUCCACGACUUAUAAUUGGACAACGCACAAGUCUACGACAACGUGGCAGCUGUUGGACGUCGCAAGUGGUGAUGUUACGGAAGCGCCGUUCGACUCGAGUGUGUCCGAGGUUGUCUGGGUAGGCCCGACAAACACCAGCAUCCUGUACAUCAACAGUACAAAUGACGAUGUUCCCGGGGGCGUCACGCUCUAUACUGCAGACGUGGCAGCGGAUGUAUUCUCGCCAACCGUCGUCGCGUCCCUAGAAGCCCCUUUCCAAGGUCUCAAGGCCGUGCAGACCGACUCUGGCUCCAUCAACUUUGUGGUGAACUCCCUUGCUUACUGGAACAACGGAUCAGCGUACAACCCAGAGCUCGCGAGCACCCCGCGAAGUACCGGCCAGCUCUACGACGCGAAUUUUAUCCGCCACUGGGACACCUAUAUCGCCGCUGAACGAUAUGCCAUCUUCAGCGGCGUUCUGUCUGGUGGCGCUGGCAACCUCACUCUGAACGGCGAGGUCAAAAACCUGCUUUCUGGCCUGAAUGCAACUGUGACCCGUCCCGAGACCCCCGUGCAGCCAUUUGGUGACCAGGGAGAUUAUGAUAUCAGCCCUGACGGCAGUGUCGUGGCCUUCCUCACCAAGGCACCAGAACUGCCAAAGGCGAACUACACGGCGAGCUACAUCUACAUAGUGCCUCAUGACGGCUCCGAGCCUCCAGUCGCAGUGAAUGGUCCCGGCAGCACUGCACCCGAGGCUGCCAAGGGUGCUUCUGGCGCUCCAAAAUGGUCUCCCGACGGCACCAAGCUUGCGUACGUUCAGCAGAAUGGUAUUUCAUAUGAGUCAGACCGCUCCCAGCUCUACGUUGCCAGUGUGAAGGGUCUUGAGGCUGAGGUCUCUCCAGUCGCUGCAGACUGGGACUCGAGUCCCGCUGGGGCUCAAUGGAGCCACGAUGGUGCAGACUUGUGGGUUACUUCCGAGCUUCACGCUUCGAACCGCAUCUUCGUGGUCCCCCACGACGCGGAGGCGUCGUUCGAGCCCGUCAACAUCACCGGGCCGGAUACCACACUCUCUGGCUUUUCUCUCCUGCCUGACGGGUCCGCGCUUGUGUCCGCAGCAGCCAGCUGGACGAGCCGUAUCUUCUACACGCAGGCGCCAGGCGGGGACAGGACCGUCCUCUUCACCGCCAACGAGGUUGACCCGGAGCUGGAAGGUCUGAAACCUGACUCUGUCUCGAACUUCUGGUACGAGGGCGGGGAUGGCGACCCGAUCCAGACCUUCGUCUUCUACCCAACAGAUUUUGACCCGACCAAGAAGUACCCGCUGGCUUUCAUCAUUCACGGUGGCCCGCAAUCAACCCAAGCCGACAACUGGAGCACGAGGUGGAACCUGCGGCUUUGGGCUGACCAGGGCUUCAUUGUGACCAGCCCGCAGUUCACUGGGUCGCCUAGCUACGGGCAGGCGUUCACGGACAAGAUCCAGGCCAACUGGGGGGGCACACCGUACCGCGAUCUUGUCAAGCUCUUUGAGUACCUGGAGGCCAAUGUGUCGUACAUUGACACUGGCAACGCCAUCGCAGCCGGUGCCUCCUACGGCGGUUUCAUGACAAACUGGAUCCAGGGCCACGACCUCGGCCGCAAGUUCAAAGCCAUCGUCACACAUGACGGCAAGCUCAACCAGGUUGGCUCCUACGGCACCGACGAGCUGUGGUUUAUCCAGCAGGACCAGAACGGGACCAUCUGGGACAACCGUGACCACUACGAGCGGUGGGAUCCACUCAACUACGCCAAGAACUUCAGCACGCCACAGUUUGUCGUCCACAAUGACCUGGACUACCGGCUGCCCAUCGCUGAGGGCGUUAUGCUCUUCAACAUCCUACAGAGCCUCGGUGUGCCCUCGCGGUUCCUGCAUUUCCCUGAUGAGGGCCACUGGGUCGUGAAUCGGGAGAACAGCCUGGUGUGGCAUAGGAGUAUCUUCAACUGGAUCAGGUAUUGGACUGGACAGGACGAGGACUUGAUCCAGGAUAUUGUCAUACAUCAAUAGACUGCUGCCUAGCGUAACUAGGUAUUGAUGAGAGCAACCCUUCAGCGCCCACGGCCCACACUUCCCCGCUGCGGUGUAGGAGCUCGGGGGAUAAUGAUUCGGGCUUAUAUUAAUGACAAAAGGGGUGCGACUUGGCCAA